AUGGAAGAUAAUAAGGUGCUUAGAUGGCGCCCAUCCGAGCAAUUUCGUGCCAGACCAGAGCCCAGUAAACGAAAAGCUGACCCAGACUCGCCUCCUAAAGAAAAUCUGUUGUUUCGAAAGAAACCUACAACUGAAUUUGGUGGAUCUGGAACUAUUAAACCCCGCCCACGACCACGAUUAAGAGCUGUUAGGGCUUGUAAGCGAUGCAGAACUCUGAAAAUAAAGUGUUCGGGCCAACUUCCUUGUGAUAGUUGUGUUAAACAUGGUGCACAUUGUAUAUUUACCGAUGAUAAUAAUAGUGGUGAAAUUCGUCAAAGUGACCUGAAUAACUCCACCAAUUCCAAUAGUGGAUUUCCCAAGGAUUUCAUUGGAAACCAAACCGAUUACCUUCGACAAAUCGAAGUUGCAAAUACUGACUAUAUUAUUCCUCAAUCGUCUUCACCAAUGGGUCCAGAUCUGCACCGGCAUCAAAAUGUGUUAGCCACAGAAUUCUUUGAAAAAGUACUUGAUACACUUCCCUAUGAAACGAGAGCCCUGUUCUCCAUACCUCCACCUCGUUACUUUGGGUGGAACAUGCUGAGCACACAAAGCAUCAUAACUGACACUUUACCACUUCCUCCUGGUCUUGAACUAGAUCAGAUGAAGUAUGUCAAUUACUUCUUCCAUGAGGUCAAUUCACUCUAUGGAAUCAUCCACGAACCCAUAUUUAGGGACCAUCUCAGUGCUUUUAAUGAGUUAGCUGUGUUUAACCCAGACGAGACUCCUGAACGAUUUUCACGAGCUACUGUUUUCCGUGCUACGUUGUAUCUCAUCUAUGCCAUUUCCAUAAGACUCUUGGACUAUGGCCAAGGAAUACCUUCUUCCAUAACUAUAAGCAACGAAAGAGCCGCAUUUAAGUAUGGAUACUCGACAAUUAAUCACAUAUCCUUCGAGGUGGAGUCAUUUGAACUCAUCCAGGCGUGGUUGUUGAUCACCAUCUACUUGCGAAUAAGCCAUAACCAAGGUUCCGUGUACAUGGCAUUGAAUCGAGCCACUACCAUGACGAAGCUGAUGGGUCUCAGGUACGAAGAACCCAUACUCGAAAACUCAUCGCUCUAUGAAAAGCAAAGAGCAAAAAGAAUUUUUUGGUCUGUAUUCACGAUAGAAAGAAUCUUGGGGUUGCACAAGGGAAAUUAUGGCGCUGUCAACAUGAAAUACAUCCAGCGGUCAUUUCCCAGUCUACACUAUGUUUCAGAAGAUGAUUCAUGGCUUCCUUUUCCAGCGUUUGCACUAUUACAUGUUGCAAAGAUCGCCAAUUUGGUAUAUACCAUGGAUGAUGCACACAAAUAUGAGCGAAUUGAUCACGAGCUCGAUAAGUUCUUCGUGUGGUUAGAACACAAUGGGUUUGCCAAUACGCAAUUAUUCAAUAACAAGUUUUCGGGACUUGCUGCUGCUCAGGUUAAACUUCACUACUACGAUCUUAUCAUAUGUGUACACGGAAGAGUAUUGUUCAAUUUCUUGGGACACCAAGUCGUGAACGAGGGACCGUCUAUUGAACGAGUUCUUGAAGCUUGCAGUGGAAUUAUUGAGGUUCUCAAACAGGUACAAGCAGCCAAUUUACUCACUGUUCCUUGGUACAAUACACUUCUCCUUCUCUUCAACAUUGGUAUCACUUCCUUGACCUUACUUAAUGCUGGAAUCUACAUCCAGCAGUCAAAGCUGAUGCUUCAAAGCUCCAUCGAUUUGCUCACAGCCCUUCAACUGGCAGCGUCUGCCAUAGUUCCCUCUCAAAAUUCGCAUAUGGAUAAAGUACGAGAGUGUCUAUGGGUGCUUCGAUUAGCGAACAAGGCACUUGCUUUAAGGUUUGAGCAAAACCGAUCAGAGCUCUUUGCCAUUGGAAUCGACCAUGAAUCAUUAGAACGGGAGAUUUCUAUGGCGAGCUCCAAUAGAUCUGAAAAUACGGUUCAUGAAAAAAAUGAAUUUGACACCCAGCUUCUUUAUCCCACUGAGCCCACCUCCAACUUGGACACAAACAUACCCGAGGAUAUCAUCGGGGACAAAUGGCUAGCACAAUGGAUGGACUUUCAUUCUUCUCCUUUGCAACCGAGUAUUGCUGGCGAUACCGACGCUGACGAAACCUGUGGGUUGCUCAAUGGAUGA